GCGAGGGAGAGCGAGGGGGCCGAACGAGCGAGCGCGUAGCCCCGCCCCGCCCCACCCGAUCCGUUCGGCUCUGCUAUAGGCGGGUGGCCCCGCGUGGGGGUUUCCAUGGAGACGAGUCGCUAGGCGCCCGGUGCGUAUGUGGGAGCCGAGCUCAGACCUAGCGGGGAGCCCCAGAGCGAGAGGCCGGCAGGCUGAGGGCAGCGCCCGUCUGGACGGACGCGGAAGACCAGAGGGGGUGGUCCCCGCUGGGGAAGGGAGCAGAAGCAGCCCUCGGGUCCCAGCCCUGGAGGAUAGUGGGUGGGCUGGGAAUGGAGAGCAGCCUGGCAAGCAGGAGGCAGCCUUGCAGCUUUGCAUCGGGAGCUUCGCUUAUUAUUCCAUGUCAAGGAGCUGCUCUCCAGCCUCCAGAGGGCGAGGGAAGGCCCCACGGGGCGCAGGGGCCCUCUCCGGGGGCCAUCAUCUGAGGAGGACGCCAGUCUUCUCAGUUCGGGGAGGAAGCUGCUUGAGGGAGGGAGAGGAGGAGGGCUCCAUCAGCUCCAUCCCUGGCAGGGGGAAUCCUUAUCCGGAGAGCCCUGCUGGCUCCUAACUUCAGAGGGCCAGUUUGGUGGGCAGGGGCCUAGCUGGUUGCCAUGUCUCCUUGGAACCCACCAGGCAGAGGCGGCGGCAUUUGUCCUGCCAGCACUCUCCCUUGGCUAUGAGGAUGGGCAGUGGCGGGUCCUCAGGCAGGGAAGAGCGGCUGCCAUCGGCUGUUGAAGAGCAGCUGAGUGGUGGGGAUCAGAUGCUGGAGCUUUCUGGGCGUCACCUGAAGGUACUGCCAGCACCGGUGUGUGCCUUGGGCACCCUGCAGAAGCUCUACAUCAGUGGCACAGGGAUAAAAGAACUACCUGAAGAGAUAGAAGGGCUCCAGGAACUGCGUAUCCUGGCACUGGACUUUAACAAACUGGAGGAAGUGCCCGAGGCACUGUGUCGCCUGCCCCACCUCACCCGCCUCUAUCUGGGCAGCAACCGUCUCUUUGGGCUUCCGGCAGACUUCUCUCAGCUCACGAAUCUCCGCUGCUUGUGGAUUGAGAGCAACUACUUGUACCACUUCCCCCGGGUCCUGCUCCAAAUGCCUGGACUACAGUCCCUGCAGAUGGGUGACAACCGGCUCAGAACACUGCCAAACAGCCUGUCACGCAUGAGGGGACUUCGGGGGCUCUGGCUGUAUGGGAACCGCUUUGAGGAGUUCCCCAAGCCUUUGCUUCGCAUGACCCAGCUUCACAUCCUGGACCUUGACCGCAACAAGCUUGCUGAAUUCCCUGACUUGAGUCACCUGCAGAGGCUUAAGCUCUUCUCCUAUGACCACAACCCAGUGGAAGCACCACCCAAAGUGGCUGACACAGUCUUUGUGGUGGGUGAGGGGGCCCAGGAGUUUAUGGAAGCUAGGGAGGAACGUCUCCAUCGUCUUCGGGAGCAGGAAGCGGAAGAGCAGGAGGAGAAUGAGUCUGAAGUCCUGCAGGCCAAUAUGAAAAAUGACGAGGUUUUGGAUGAUGGCGAAGGCAGCUACUCUGCCAUGGAGUGCUCUGCAGAUGAAACAUGAACUGGGUAUGACAACAACAUGACUGCUGCUCAAAACAUCUGGUGGAUAUUGGUUGGCUGAUGAAUCUACUGGUCUACAGAGAGUUGGGAGCUGGACAUGCUGUGUUGUUGAUCUCAGGAACCGUCAUCUCAGAGGCAGGAUCAUGGGCAACUGAGCAUGACAGUUAACAACCCUUUGUAAAGGAUACAAGACAAUUACUCAUCGGAAGGCUUGCUGUUUCUUUUCUGACCAGAUCCAUGGACAGGCCCAGCACAGACAAUUGCUAUAAAGGUGUAAUGAACUAUGGGGAAUCCUUAUGCCUUGCAAGCAUUCUACCUAAUCUAAGGGUACCAGGAGAUAGGGUGGGAGGUGGAAACAAAUUGUUCUCUUGAUGGAGAAUUCUGUUGCACCAGUUCUUUGAAAUGAGUCUUUUUGUCCCUGACUCAAGGCAUGGAUAAUGGUUGCAUAAUGAUGAAAGCGGAGUAUCAAAUGAUUUAAUGUGAUGCUGUGACAUUCUGGUGUUUGUGGGUGAUUCCCAUUGUGGUUGUCUGACAUGCUACAAUGAGAUUCAAAAACAAAACAGGAUAAAGCCAUCUUGUUUGUUUUUCUACCUCCCUCCCUUGAACUUUGAGCCCCAGGGGGGUUGCAGGGCUCUGUGUGUGUAGUGUGUGUGUGUGUGUGUGUGUGUGUGUGUGUGUGUGUGAAAAAUCUUCUUUCUUCCCAGGAAUUAUUAUUCUACUACUGGAGUUAGACUUGGUGAGAAACCUCCCUUGGACUGCUCUGUCCAGCUGUCAGGUUUGAAAAGAAGCUCAUGUGAAACCCUUGUUUGUGUACAGAGCUAUCCGUCCUGGAAAGAGCUGUGCCUCCACUCUUUGUAUGGUGGGAAAGGAGCCUUGUGCAUUACCCUGUUGCUUUCUUGGACUUUCUAUUCCCUUAAAAGGGCACAGAAGCAAUAGCUGGUAUGACCUGGGCCACUGCAGUUUUGUGUGCCUCUUGAGUGAGAAAGGUGGCAGCCACAGGACUUUUGUCUUCGAGAGUGGCAGGCUCAUUUUUGUGAGAGCUCUAGGGCUAGAUUUGUACUAAAUCUGAGCAAUAAAAGCACAUCAAAGGGAGAGCAGCAGAGCUGGAGUUCGAGUGGGGCAGGCGGACGUAAAUACUCAGGGAAACUGCUUCCGAAGGAGACCAAAGUUGUUUUGUGAGCUGUGGGUUAUUUUUAAAAGUGUUCUGUAAAGUAAAUUAUAACACCUGGUGAAAGGAAACAAAUUUCUCAGGCAUUCUUAUGUAUGUAUAUAUGCAUUUUAAAAACAACAACCCCUCUUUCCUCUGUCUGUUUCUGAUCAGAGUUCUGUUCUCUUUGGCACCUUUGUUUCAUUCUGUCACCCUCUCUCUAAGGUCUUUUUGCUCCUAGUUUUCCCUCCCCUCCAUAGCUAUCCACUGCUCUCUUCCCUUCAAGAACAUAUCUCUUUGUCUGCUGUGUUCCAUCUUUCUCUGGGCUGAUUCCAUUGUAUUUAGCUUCAACCUUAAUCCCUGUAUUGGCAUGGCAGGCUACCCAAGCACUGCCAAAGUUAAAAUACUCUAUCAAGUGUCUUUGUCUUGGAAGAAUUUCAGAGAUGUAAUAGACGUUUAUGCUAUGCUUUCUCAUUUUAUUGCAGUUUAUUUCUGAUAUAUUGGCUGGUAGCCACAAAAGCUACUUUUGCUUCUUCUCUUCAUUCUCUAGUUUAUUCCUCCCCUUCAGUUUUGCAGUUUCUGAUCGCGUGACAAAGCACUUCUUUUCUUAAAAUGCCGUGCAACAGAAUGCAAAGUAUCAGUUUCACUCAUUCCUCUUGGAUUUGCUGCAGGAGGCUGAUUCAUACAAAGUGUUUUCACACUCUUAGUAGUCCAGCCACCUGACUGGCAUGUCGUUAGGAAGCCUUUUACCAUAUAUCUGUGGUCAUCAAAUUUAUUGUGUCAGGUGAUGCCAGUUGUGUGACAAUGAUGACAUUGUGUGACAUUGUGUGACAAUGGCUCUCUGCCAUUGGCUUCUGUUGGAAUUCUGGAUUUUGCAUUUUGUCAUGGCUGGGUCCACACUUGGCGAGAACCAAGUUGAGCUUUAUACAUUGCAUUCAAACUAGGUCAGUCUUCCUCAAAACACACACCCCUCCCAUGGAUGCUCAAUAGUUGUGGUGUUUUUGUUGGGUACCUGCCUUCAGUUCCAAUUUCUGACCUGGAUGUAUGUUUAUUUACAUAUUUAUAUUUAUUUCCUGCCUUUCCUUCUUACAAAUAAAAUGUCCCUCACAACUACCA